CGUCAAUCAGCUUGAUCAGUAGACGCUUGGAGACCGCGACAACAUGGCCGAUGAACACUACACGCUAUUUUACUUUCACUUUCGUGCCCGAGCCGAAGCAAUCAGGAUGAUAUUGCAUGCAAACGGCGUCCACUUUGAGGACGUGCGUUUCGGUAUGAACGAAUGGCCUGAACGUAGAAACCAAAUCCCUGGAAGCAGAGUACCGCUGCUCCAAGUGAAAAAAGCCAAAGAAGUAGUCAAUUAUGUGGAGAGCAUGGCGAUUGCACGAAUGCUGGCCAAACGCUUCAACAUGAUGGGGGAUUCUGAAGAGGAAUAUUACAACGUUGAACGAAUGAUUGGAGAGUGUGCCGAUCUGGACAAAGAGUUUUACACCGCCUUUUUCGCUCCACCAGACCAAAAGGAAGAAAUGCUUAAGAAGUCAAUGAGUGAGGCGGUGCCCAAAAUGCUUGACCUUAUUUCCAAGUCAAUUUCUGAAUCCGGGGGCAAGUUUGUUGCGGGUGACAAAGUAACCCUUGGAGAUAUAUGCCUUUUGACAUCCAUGGAUCAUGUACGCAAACAUGAUCCCGAAUUUCUGGGAAAACAUUAUCCAAAAUUAUUAGCCCUCGAACAGGAGGUGCUCAAGGCGAAGCCGAAACUGGCGGAAUAUAUCAGAACACGACCAGAAACGCCGCUGUAACGGGGAUUUUCAUUUCAUUUUUCAAAAACUAAUGUUUUUCAUUCUGCGUUCACAUUAAACACAGUAGUUCUGUUAGAU